CCGGCUGUCAGCGGCUGAUGCGAGAUGUUUCCCGAGGAGCUCGUGGGAGAAGCUUUGGACUUUUUUUAAACAUCUACAUUUUCUGAUGUUUCAUGUGUGAUGGCUAAUGUGUCAUUGGUUGAUGUGGGAGUUUUGUUUCUCAUCGUGGUGACAGCAUCUUUGGCAAACACAGGUUCCUUAUCUCGCAAAGAUGUGAGCCCGAGGAAGGAGAUGGAGGCGGCCGCGGUCGAGCUGCUCCUGCCCGGUGGGGCGGAGCACCAGGCCUGCACCACCUGCGACCCGCCGGGCGCCAGGACACGCUCCAAGAGGUGCACGUGUUACACUUACGCGGACAAAGAGUGUGUGUAUUACUGCCACCUGGACAUCAUCUGGAUCAACACGCCAGAGCGCACGGUACCAUACGGCAUGUCCAGUUACCAGGGUUCCCUGCGUGUGAGACGCUCCACUGAGCAGCGGAGCCGGGGGGAGGUGGGCCAGCGCUGUGUGUGCACGCGGCAGACCGACUCUCGCUGCAGCAGCUUCUGCAUUGACAGCAGGCAGAAGAGACCAGCCCGAGCAGCGCCUAAAAUAAACAAGAGGACAGCAUCUCUGCGCAGUGGGCCUGAAAUGGACAUAUAAGUGACAUGCUCUUGUCUUUUACAUGAGGCAUCCCAUUUUUUACUCAGUGCCUGGUCAUCAGACUAAUGGAUGUAUAAGCUGCUUGCACAAAAACAGAAAUCUCUCUUACCGCCUGUGUCUGCUCGCCAGGUGUGGACAAUGUUUUUCAGUAUUCUGUCACAGCUGAGGAAUGGUUCAUAUGGCACGCUUGUGUCAACCAUAAAAGACGUUGGUAGAGUUCACACGUGUCCAUGCCGCGUGAUGUGGAGGCCACUUCAAGAGCUGCUGCCAUCCGAGUCCACCACCUCAACUUAUGGUGUUAAAAUAUUACAUUCUUUACAAAUUCACAACUUGUCGCAGUCACUGAAACGUCCAUUAUAUAAUUUUUUAUUAGGUUGUUCCAUUAGUUAUUUCAGUGAAUUACUCCUUUAUUUCCGUGAGAUUUAUUGAAUGAAAGGGGACUUUUAUUAAGCUGUAGUCUUGUGAAUAUGAAAUGUCUUUCAAUAUAUAUAGGCUCGAAAUUAUAUUUUCGUACAGUAUGUAUAUGUACAAUAAAGGUGUAUAAUAAGAUGUUGUAUAUAGAAUGAUAUAUUUGAUCAUGCUAAUCAACAGUCUUCUGUGGUAAUAAUAUUAAUAAUAAUAAACAAUGUAAUAAUGUAAACUUUA